UUCAUUUUCGGAACUAAAUAAACAAUCAGGAAGCAAACCUGAGAUGAUCUUCACGUGAUUGAUCAUGGAUUCAUCAGAGACUACUCCAUUACUAAGCAGACCAAACAUUCCGGUAAAUCACAUGUAUGAUGAGGAUGAAUCUGAUUUUGAAGACAAGGCUAAUGCAACAGAGAAGAUCCUCUCUGGGGAAUAUGAGAGCUUGGAUUACGAUGGAUGUGAAAAUGUGUUGUACCAGAUGGAAGAGAAAAAGAAAUCUGUCAGGGAAACCAUGGUCAUCGAGAUGUUGAGGUGGCUGGUCAUGUUUUUUGUCGGAGUUUUGACUGGGCUCGUGGCAAGCCUGAUUGACUUUUGUGUUAUUAAAUCGACAGCUCUCAAGUUUAGUAUUAUCAAACAGUAUGUAGAAAAAUGUGUGGAUAAAGAAUGUAUGGAGAUCCCCCUCCUUGUCUGGGUGGGGAUCAAUGGGGGCCUGGUGUUUGUUGCUGCAGUGCUGACAGCCUGUUUUGAGCCUGUGGCAGCAGGAAGUGGAAUUCCCCAGAUUAAGUGCUACUUGAAUGGUGUUAAAGUUCCACAUGUUGUCCGAUUGAAAACCAUUGUUGUUAAAGUCAUCGGGGUUGUUUGUUCAGUGGCCGGGGGACUCAUUGUGGGAAAGGAAGGACCAAUGAUACAUUCGGGUGCUGUGAUAGCAGCUGGGAUCUCUCAAGGAAGAUCAGAUACAUUUAGAAAAUUUGACUUGAAGAUAUUUGAAUUUUUCCGAGCGGACACAGAGAAGCGUGACUUUGUGGCUGGAGGGGCGGCAGCAGGAGUGUCUGCUGCUUUUGGGGCACCAGUGGGGGGAGUACUAUUCAGUCUGGAGGAGGGAGCUAGUUUUUGGAACCAAGCAUUAGCUUGGAGAAUUUUUUUUGCCUCCAUGAUGUCUACAUUCACACUUAACGUCAUACAGAGCUACAUUCAGGGGAUUCCCUGGGAUCUCUCCUAUCCUGGGUUGUUUAACUUUGGCAGCUUUGAUACAACAACAUACUCUGCUUUUGAAAUUCCAAUUUUCAUAUUAAUGGGAGUAUUAGGUGGACUUCUUGGAGCAUUAUUCAACAAAUUCAACUAUAUUUUAACCAAAUUCCGGAAAAGGUAUAUAAAUCAGAGUCGAGACCAAGUGAUGGAAGCAAUGAUUGUAGCCAUCAUCACGGCCACUGUUGGGUACUUCUCCCUGUACUUUAAUAACAACUGCAGUCCAAUGUUACAUAACCAGGACCCAAACAGUGUGCAGUUCUACUGCAAUGAUGGGCAGUACAGUUCCACAGCCUCUAUCUUAUUUCAGUCACCAGAAGAUAGUGUCAAAAGUCUUUUUCAUGAAUCCAAAGGAAUGUAUUCACCGUCGACCUUGAUUGUGUACUGUCUGUGUGUGUUUCUGCUGGCCUGUUGGACCUACGGACUUUAUGUGCCCAGCGGUCUUUUUAUUCCUAGUCUCUUGGUUGGAGCUGCCUGGGGAAGACUUGUAGGAAUCUGUCUCAACUACAUCUUUCCCAAUGAGGAUUGGGUAGAUUUUGGAAAGUAUUCUUUAAUAGGAGCUGCAGCACAAUUAGGUGGCAUCGUCCGUAUGACCAUCAGUUUGACCGUCAUCAUAAUGGAGGCGACAGGGAACAUUACAUUUGGAUUGCCUAUCAUGAUUGUACUCAUUGUGGCCAAAUGGGUUGGAGACAUCUUUAAUGAGGGUAUCUAUGACAUGCAUAUCCACAUACAGGGUGUACCUCUUCUGGGAUGGGAGCCAUCUUCAGUAUUAACAAAUUUAUCAGCUAGGGAGGUCAUGAGUCACCCUGUGUCUGUGUUCAGAAUGAAGGAGUCUGUGGGCAGGAUCAUGGAGGUGCUCAAAACCGAGACGCACAAUGGCUUCCCAGUUGUGGAGGAUCAUAACCCAGAUCUGCAAAAUUCAUCAGAAGAUGAAGACAUGUCUUUUGGAACCUACAGGGGAAUCAUUUUAAGAUCACAAUUAUUAGUUCUCUUAAAACAGAGGGUCUUUGGAGAUAAUGAAGCACAUGGUUUGACAACAAAAGAUUUUAGAGAUGCAUAUCCAAAGUUUACUCCAAUACGACGAAUUCAUGUAACACAGUAUGAACGUGAGAAUUGUGAGAUGAACUUGGAAGCCUAUAUGAAUCCUGCAGCAUAUUGUGUCACUGAUAAUGCCUUGUUUCCAAGGAUCUUUAAGUUGUUCAGAGCCUUAGGCCUCAGGCACCUUGUGGUGGUCAACAAACAUCACCAGGUAGUUGGCAUGGUAACAAGAAAGGACCUUGCAAGAUACAAAGUUACGAAAAAGCUUUGGAAAGUCAGCGUGGAGGAACUGGCCAUUUCAACACAAUAAUCUGAUUGGUCUGUGUUUUAAUGAUGAAUAUUCAGAGAAAUUUUAAAAUGUAUGUUCAGAUCAUCAGUGAAGUUUCCUCAUUUCAUAUGUCACAACUACAAAAGGUCAGAUAUGUGCAGUCUAUAAUGAGUACACAUGUGCAUAUAUUAGAUUUGACAUUGUAGACCUGCACAUUCCAUAACAUAUUCAGUGUUUGUUCCUUCUUUGUACAGUAUUUAUUGUGUAGCUCACUUUUUAUGAAUUAACAUUUUAAAAGUUUAUACUUGUUUCAUCUUAUCUACUCAGUAAUUGUCAAACUUUUGCGAUGCAAAUUCUUCAAGUGAAGAGUUUUGAUGUUGUUGCAUUAGAAAUAUAGAAGUGUUACUGAGAUGAAUAUCAUUUAAUAUUCAUAGUCUUGAUGAAAUUAAGGUGAUUUUGAUUGGCUCAAAAUUUGUUUGAUUUCAGAAUCAAAGAAAUCCUUAUUAUGACUUCAUGUUAUGUAUUGAUAUGUUGUAUGAAUUUGAAACUCAAAUCAUAUCAUGUUUUAUUAUUUGAACUCAAUGUUUUGAAAUAUUUGAAUGGUAAGGAAUAAAUUUAUCAUAUUUUUCAUUGGAUGGAAGUAUACCACAAAAAAACAAAACAAAAAAAAACCCUUGAAAACUUUGCAUCAUGCACCAUUAUGCAGUUUUCUGGGUGUUUUUUUUUUUUCAUGGUAUACUUCCAUCCAACAAAAAAAUAAUCACUUCAUUCCUUAAAUCAGUAUAAUGUGAUAUUAUGACUUGAUGAAUCUCAGUCUGUUGAACUUUGUGUUUUCUAAUGAUCAAAUUAUCAGAAUUAUUGUAUCAGAAUCUGCAUGGGUGAAGAUUUUUGAUAAACUGAUGGUGGUCCAAAAAGUAUGUCCACUCUCACAUAAAAAACCCAAAGACAUGUUGAUGAAUAAGAUUAUGUCAUAACCUUUUUCUAAAAAUUACAUGAGUUUUGUUUACAAAAAGGGAGUGAUACUCAUUGUAUUACAGUAAUUAGAGUACUUCAAACAAAGAGCAUAUAGGUCACAUGACAGAGACCAUAGUAUUGUGUUAAUUUCAUCAAGAUGGCUCUGAAUUUUUUACAACAAAUCUUGUGAAUGACACACAUGCAGUACAUCAAUCUUCAUCUUGGUCACGUGCCAGAUACAUUAGUGAUAAUUGUGUCUGUCUAUUAUUGAUGCCAAGUACAUUAAUAAAAGUAUGCUAAAUCAGACUAGCAUCUAAUCUCAUAAAAUUACAAUAUUGUUAAAGGUUUGAAGUACGACAUUAUGAAUCCAUGCUUCUGUACAAACACUGUUACAGUAAAAUAUCAUUCGUCACUUUUUCAGAACUUUUAAAAAGUCUUGAUGCCUGAAAAAAUUUCUCUCUGAAGUUUAUAAAUGCCAUUAAAAGUUUCAAGUUACUGCCGGAACACCAUUUCCCCUCAAUUUUAUGGACACUUUCACCAUUUGAUAACCCUAUAAAAUUUCCAGUUUCUUGCAAGAUUAUUCUAAGCAGAAGAAAAUUAAAGACUUGACAGAUUUUUACACUUCAAAUUUACCAAAUCUUUAGCAAUAUUUCCAAAAAUGGGUGAUAAUAUAUGUAUAUCAGUUUGUUAUUAAAGUAAAACGGAACUGCUUCUUGAUAAAUACCAGCUGACAACCUGGGAAGGAGGGGGCCAGACUUGUGAAUACACCUAGUCUACAUAUUGCAGAAAUCAUUGUUCUCUGUUUUGAAAUGUGAAUAUUUUAAAGUGCAAGAAAAUACAGACCUAUUGUGUAAUUCAACUUGACUGAAAUUAACACAAGAGAGAUGGGGGAGGAGGGUUGUUUGGCUUAAUUAUUUAGAUUUCCAUCAGCAUCUUUAUGAUAUUAUUUCUUUUUGUCAUAAAGUUAAUGACACAAUAUGAAAUAAAACCAAGUUUAAGCUAUGUGUUUUAAUUCACAUGCCAUGCAAUCUAAUUAAAACCAGACUUCUUAGAUCCACAUUGUAUCAGCAGACUCCAUGUCACAUUGUAUCAGCAGACUCCAUGUCACAUUGUAUCAGCAGACUCCAUGUCAUGCCGAUGCCAUUAUAAAUACAUGUAUAGCAAAAUAGAUCUAGUACAGAUCACAUUUAUAGAUUUUAAUUUUAUCACAGAUCUUCAGUUCAAAUAUUUAAGCACUACUGUCAAAAUAUUGAUAGUUUUGUAGCCCUUCAAAAGCAUUAAAAAAUGAAUAAUGUAAUAGUUAAAGAGUUAAUGUAAGAGUUUAACCUUUUCUGCUCUACUGACCACAGAUCAUCAUUGCAUUCACUGCUUCAAUGAACACAGAUCACCAUCACAAAUUUUGUAAAUUUAUGAUUCCCUUCUCUCUGCAGAAGUAUUAGGGUAAUGGCCAUCGCCCUGCCGCUCCUGCUCCAAUGCUUUUGCCCCCUCUUAUUUCUUGCAUCGAGUUUUUAGUCCUUGGCAGCAUUUACUUUUGAGAACUCAUAUUAUAAAUAAUUAGAAUAAAAUGGUGUUCUGGUAAUAACUCCAAACUCUGCCUAUUGGCACACAAAAUGGUGGCUGUCUACUACAUGUAGUUAUUGUCAUGAUAUAACCAAAUUGAAAUUGGAUGGUUUUUACCAUGGUUAUUUUGGACUCUUUAAAUCAAACAUGUCAACAACUCAAGUUAUCAGAAAAAUUUGUCAUACCCCAUCCCAAUUUAAUUCAUUUGAUAACAAUUUCUUAAAUUUAUUUCAACAUUUUGAUUUGGAGUGUAAGAAUCAGCAUAUAUUUUGAGACAAAAUAAAACUCACCAAUAAAGUUUAACAUUAAUUCUUUUAAAAAUAUGACUGUCUGCAGACUUUAUGGACAGUCCAUGUAUAAACAUGUACUCAGAUCUAGCUUUCUGGGUGAAAACAAAUUGGGAUAUAUGUACCAAUUUUUUCCCUUGAGAGCUGUAGUUCUGCUGUUAUUAGCUACUUGGUUGAAGAAAAAAAUAUUGAUAACUGCAUAAUUAAGAAUACCAGUGAUUUUUUAAAAUGUUUAUAAGCUUGGGCAUUAUGAUUUCAGAUAUAUGUAUUACCUAUAGCAGUGUUCCACCAAAUAGGUGGUUGUAGUUUGAAUAUUUAAAGAUAAUUUUGGUUGUCUGUGUUGUGUUGUAUUGCUUCUUUAAAACAAUUCCAUAGCUCAACACAAAGGAAAGAGCAUAUUUAUCAUGCUGCUGAUAGUUACCAUCCAAAAGAGACAAGCAAUGGUGGGUUUUUUUUUUGGGGGGGGGGGGGGGGGGGGUGUCGCAUAAGGUAUCUCCACUGGCCUGAUAUCAUAUGCAUUAGUACAUCAUUGGAAAUUGCCAUUCAGAAUGUGUUGUUGGAAGACUUUGAAUGCACUAGUAUGAAUAUGUAUUUAUUUGAUUUCAUUAUUUUCACUACUAACUGUAAUUUUGCAGUAUAACAUUGUAAAGCUGUUGUUUGUAUUCCCCAUUUCCAUGGUGCUAAGAGAAAGAGAGUCCUGGUUUUUUUUAUCUGAAUGGGUAUACUGGGGAUGUGUUUAAACUCAAGUCUCUUCUUUAUAUAGUGUGUAAUCAAUCAGACUUGUACAUUAUCUACUUAUUUAUUGAUGAAAUUGAACUAGAACCAUGGAUUAUAUCACAAAUUAUGAACUUGCACUUUAUACUCUAAACAUUACUGCAAUACUUUUCAUUCUUAAAACUACAUGUAAAAUUGUGUAUCUGACAUUAAUCAUUUCAUCAGACAGUCAUAUACCAGUCCAAACGCUGAUAUAAGCCAUUUAAAAGGUAGAACUACCCACAGUAAAUGUAAUUAUACAAAUGGAUGUUGUUCCUGUAUGUAUACAUAUAUAUACUGCAAUUCUAGUCUUUCAAUUGUGGAUAAUUAUAAUCAUGACUAUAAGCAUGUGUUUUACAGUGUAAUAUGUGUAUUGUAUGAUACAUUACAUUUUACAUAACAAAUGUUGCUUUUUAUACAUUUGAUGACUGUUACAUAUGAAUAAAAAUGAAUUACAACCAUG